AUGGGGAUUUACCUAACCUACUACACAGCUAUGAACCAGCUAUCUACUAUUACACUCAACACCAACUCCUAUACAUCCAAGCUGGAAGUUGACAAUAAAUCAGACUUUGACUUUGAUGCCAAAUGUUCUGGAGGAAAGAUUGCCAAGGAUGAAACAGGAAAGUGCUGGUUGCAGUUAAAUCUUUAUCCUGUGGAGCAAAGCCUGAAGCACCUUGCUCACAAGUUUAGUAACCUGUCAAUCAACCGGGAGAACAUUACCAUUUUCAUCACUAUGCUCCAGGGUCUUCGCUUCAUGCUUGGCAACGAGGAACUGGACCUGGCAAUGCAAGCAUACGAGUGCCAUUUCAGGACAGCCCACUGGCCAACUGAUCGCUAUUUUGAUCAUGUAAAAGAGGUUUUCAGCACAGCUGCCAAUGUUUCUGGGAUAUUGGAGUGUGCCCCACCUCCCUGCCCAUCCACUUUGCCUCCCUCUGCCACACCAGGUCGGGAGAGUCAGCGUCUCAUUGGAGAGAGACUAAAAACAAGCCUUCCAAUCGUGCUACUUGUCCCUGUCUUAUGCAUAUUAUCUCUGGGCACAUGGAUGGUAGCACAGAGGAGAGGAGUCUGUUCCAAUGACUCCAGCAGAGAUGAAUCUACAAGACCCCAGAGUACAGCUGUGCUGUCAGGCCCUGAGUCUCAGUACGGAGCUGCGCGAGAGAGCCUACAGGAACACUCAGUGAUGAGUCCAGAGAGGAGCACGGAGACCGUUAUGGUGAUGAUGGAGGUCGUGAAGGAUCCGGAGAUGUGAACUUGAGCAUUUCAGCAGAAACUUGAGAAACGUGGCUGGGGAAGACAACUAUGCUGGGAGAAUGUGUGUGUGUGUGGAAGGGGAGGGUGUGGGUGAGGGGGGGUGAGGAAUGUACUCCAGAGUUACCUCAAAGACAUUGUGGGAGGAUGUGGUGAUAAGAGACGGCCAUGCUGGCCAUGGAGAGAUGACAGAACGCUCAGUACUCCCCGCUCCUGCCUGUCUGUUUUCUGCAGACUUCCUUGCAACUUGUUACUCAACACGCGGCCCUUUGGAAGAACAGGAUGGAGACUUUUUUUCACCCACUCUGGAAGUGGGUGUUUCUGAUGUAUGUUGGAUGUCUGCAUGUGUAUAUACAGUACUGUAUGUCCGCCUGUGCAUCUCUGCACUUUUGUGUGUGUGUGUGUGUGUGUGUGUGUGUGUGUGUGUGUGUGUAACCGUGUUUCGUGGGAAGGAAGCAUCUGUUCAGUUGCCUGCGGCGACCUCUGCUGAAACAGUAGCCAUCAUCUGGCCGUUCCUUGCAGGCUGGCUCUCAUGAAAGGCUUUUUGUAAACAGCUUCUGUCCUGCAUGUCCACCACGAUCCUGUUCUGUUUCAUCGACAGACACAGAAAGAAAAGAGAAAGAGAGCGAAAUCCCCCAGAAUGAUCUGUAACGGGCCAGAACAGUGUCCGCUUGUCCAAAACUGUUUAGGGAGGAUGCAAUCACGAAUAUGGCCCAUUAAUGUUUUUCAACACAUUUCAGAUAUGGGGAGCAUAUCUAACUCCCAGAAGUGGUGUAUUAUAACACCACUUUGCAACAAUUUGCCAUUUGAGAAAUCCUUUUAUCAGGCAAAUAGUUUUGGAUUCAUUUUGAAAUUCAUUCCUCAAAUCCUUCAUUUGUAUGCUGAGUGUGAAGUGAGGACAGACAAAAAUGUGUAAAUAUCAAAACUUGCAUAGUGCUGCUUUAACUCACUUUGUGUGUGUGUAUGUGUGCGCGUGUGUUAGAGAGAGUGAGAGAGCAUCGUUGGAAUGAAUUAUAUAGUGUUUCAGACCGAGCACCAGCAUCUUGUCAUCAAUUAUUACCAGGUGUGUGUAUGUGUGCGGGGGGGUUGCAGGCAGUCAAAAAGCACUCAUUCAGACUGAGUGUGUUGUCUUUUUUGUGUGACUGAUUUGAUCAGUUGCAGAUCUUUAACUUUAGAAAGGUGUGGGUGUUGUCACAAAGUCUCAUAAUUGGAAUAAUAAUAACAAGCUUUAUUUGCAUUUACUGUAUAGCACUUUUCAAACUCCAUUUACACAUUUUACAACAAUUUAAAAACUGUUUCAACCUUUUCAAAGUAAACAAAGAAAAAGGAAGGAAAUUCAAACUCAAGAAUUUGACUCAAACAAAAUCAGGAAAGCCUGUCCAAUCAAAGUGUGUUUUGAGAGGAAAGGAAACCUCUGACUCAGCCAACCUGAAUGUCUGGGCGAUGACGGACUAAGGUAAUGCACGCACGGAUAAUGCAAGUGAGCAAAAAAAGUUUUUUUUGUUGUGUAUGAAUGUACUGUAUGUGUAUCUCUGUGACUUGAAAAAAUAAGGUUGGUUGAACUUCUGAGGAACACAGUCAUUGUUUCCCAUACAUGACUAAUCUGUG